AUGGCGCCUCACACUGGUUCUAUACAACCUCUGCCCUCAAAGGUCGCUGCACAAAUCGAAUCUUCUACUUCUAUCACCAGUUUGAACGGCGCCAUUUUGGGGCUAGUCAAGAACUCCCUGGAUGCAGAUGCUCAAACAAUAACCAUAACCGUGGACUUCCAAAAGGGCGGCUGCACAGUUGAAGACGAUGGUACCGGUAUCCCAGCAUUCGAAUUUGGGGAAAAGGGAAACCUAGGGAAGUUACAUCGUAAGCAAUAUCAGACAAACUCCUCCAGUCAAGACGUCUCAAUUAACGCUUUGCAUGCAGACACCUCCAAGUUUGAUUGUCCACAGGAAGUAUACGGCCACAAGGGCAUUUUUCUUUCGUCCUUGAUAUCGCUUGCAUUGGUCACUAUCACUUCUCGUAUUGGCUCCUAUAGCUCAACCAAUUCUGUUACGUAUCACCAUUCAACCGCGAUAUCUAGACUUUGUCCCGCUCCAGCACAGCAUGAAUUUACGUCUGAACAUGGCACAAAGGUUACGGUAACCGAUUUGUUUGGUAAUCUACCCGUUCGAGUUAAGCAUCGCGCCUUGACCCUUCAAAAAGACGAAGGAAUAGACAGGGAAUGGGAUGAAUUAAGAAGGCUAUUGACCGGCUUGCUUAUUGCGUCACAGCGAAUGGUCAAGCUUGUCCUUGAAGAAGCUUCAAAACCCCGAAAAUUGAUAGUUAGAGGCCGUAAAGAGAAACCGGGUCAACCAAUACAACAGCCGGGAAGCUCUCGCGACGAAGGUAUCCCGGAUACCUCUCGAAUACGUUCAAUUCUCUCCCAGGUUGGGUACAUCUCUCCCGCGGAAUCAAAAUCUUGGGUGACGGCCUCAGCCCAAGCACCUGGUAUUUCGGUACGGUCUGCUAUAUCGCUUACAGCCAGCCCAACUAAACAGGUACAAUUCAUAUCCUUCGGAAUAAACCCUCUCAACCAACAAUCCAAUGCGAACAUCAUAUAUAACGAAAUCAAUCGACUAUUUGCAGCGUCCAACUUCGGUUUAAAAGAGACUAACACCCCAGGAAUUGCUGAGGAACUGCAAAACCUAAAUUUGAAAGACAUCCAGCAAGCAAAAGGUCCAUCGGCUGAGAUAACGUAUGAAACAAAAACCAAGGGAAUAAAUAGAUGGCCAAUGUUCUAUGUUCGGAUAGAUUUGGAGGGAGAAGACUCUAUAAUUAACGAGAAAAGCAGUUCCUUAUCCUCCGAAAAAUCACUCGAGGGAAUUCUCAACGUUGUCGUUGCUAUGAUCCAUCAGUUUCUUGAACAAUAUCAUUUCUCACGAACCCGAUAUCAGAGACGUGAGAAGAGGCCUCGAGAGAUAUCAAAGUCGACCGACAAAGAAGCCAAUCCUGGGAAAAGAGCCAAAAGUUGUACUGCAGUUAUUUCUCAUUCGAGUGAGGCGGAAUCCAGUUUGUUUGUCAAAGAGGAAUUUCUGAAUCCCAAAAUCAGGCUCCCCAGCUGUUUUGGGAACCGCAGCACCGCUCCCAGUUGUCCACGUGGAGAUUUUACACAUUGGACGAGGAUUAAAGCUGGAAGCAGUACCGAUAUCGAAGAGCAAAUAUGCUCCGGGUUACCACGUCAAAAAGCUAUAUCAACCACUCCUCUGGACCAAACACCUGCGGAGUCGGUUAUGGAUGAGGGCUCUCGCCCUACGUCCUCGCUCUCGGCUCCAAUGUUUAUGCAACCGCGAGUCCCCAGCGAGUCACCAAGCUGCCAUGCAGCCAAUGCACCAUUGGAGGAACAAACCCCGUGCCCUACGGACAUGGGAGUUGAUACGAUCCAGCAAAGUUCUAAAGACAACGUUAUUCAAUGGACGAACCCCGUCACCAUGGAGAUUCUGUAUAUCAAUGAGCGGACCGGACUUACCUUGUCAUCGAAGGGUGAUAAGCCUAUUCCCUUUCGUUCUUUAAAUCCAACUCUACGAUCGCCCGCAGCCACUAGUCCCGAUGAAUCGCGGGUUUCCGCCCCCACUCCGUGGCUCGACUCUGUCCUUGAGACGUGGAAGAAUACAGUUUUCGGCUUGUCAGAACGGCCCAUACCAUCAGUGAAACCCGUUAUAUUGAGUCACCUCGACCACAACGACACCAGAUUCUUCUGCAAGUUUCCAAGAAGUUUAAACUUCGAAAACAUGAUGUCUUCCUCGUUUAGUAGCCGGCUAACAAAAUCGGGACUUGCCAGAGCGCAAAUGAUUGCACAGAUAGACAACAAGUUUCUACUGUUGAAGAUGGUUGAGUAUCCAAACGAUAACACAAAUCCCCAAGAAAUCUUAGUUCUUGUAGACCAGCAUGCCGCAGACGAACGGGUUCAUACAGAGCGACUAUUUGGCGAUUUAUGUGGCUCGUCGCCUUUAUGUCCCGUGGAUACCACUUCACUCCCGACGCCAAUACGCUUCAGGGUCUCGACUGAAGAAGCGCGGCUAUUUAAAUCACAGUACGAUUACUUUGCCUCCUGGGGUUGCUGUUAUUCCGUAUCGAAGGCCGAUUCGUCCCAGCAUGCCACUGUGGAGGUAACUGCCCUUCCAGCUCUCAUUUCAGAACGAUGCAGAGUUGAGCCUAAGCUUGCAAUUGACAUGCUCCGUUCUGAGAUUUGGGGACACAAAGACGGAGAGUUGAUUUGUAGACCGAAACACUUAUCGUCCGCAACCUUGGAGAAGCCGGAGAACCCAGGUGAUGACUCUCCGCAUUGGCCUCAAGCGAUAUCCCACUGUCCACGUGGAAUAGUUGAUAUGUUGAAUUCCCGUGCUUGUCGAUCAGCGAUCAUGUUUAAUGAUGUGCUGAGCAAAACUACACCGCUGAAGGGUUUGGAGGGAACAAGAGAAAAGAAGUUACAUUUGCGAAAGCGUUCAAAGAGUGGAGGCAGGGUUUGA